AUGGAUUCCAACAAUUUUUCGUAUUAUGACUAUGACAAUGGCAGCUAUCUGGACUACCCGGCGUUGGACCUGAGUGCAGCCCCCUGCAUGCACACCUCCAUUGGCCAUUGGAUCAACGUGAUGUUGGCCGUGGUCUACAGCCUGGUGUGUCUCUUGGCCGUGACGGGGAACCUGUUGGUGAUGGUGGUCAUCCUUCACAACCGCCGCUCCAUCUCAUCCACGGACGUCUACCUGCUCCAUCUGGCCACGGCCGACCUGCUCUUUGCCCUCACCCUGCCCUUCUGGGCAGUGGACGCCGUAUCUGGCUGGGUGUUUGGUGACGCCAUGUGUAAGGUGAUCAGUAUGUUGCAGGAGGUGAACUUUUACAAUGGCAUCCUGCUGCUGGCCUGCAUCAGCGUGGACCGCUACCUGGCCAUUGUCCGCUCUGUCCAGUCGCACGGCCACAAGAGGCCGUGGCUGGUCAAACUGGUGUGUGCCAUCGUCUGGCUCGUGGCCCUGCUCCUGUCCUUGCCCGUUCUCCACAAGGGUGAGUUGAUCCAUGAUCGCAGGACCCUGUGCUACGAGAUCCUCGGCGCACAUUCGGUCAACAUCUGGAGAACCGCCACCAGGUUUGUACGGCACGUGAUGGGUUUCCUCGUGCCGCUGGCCGCCAUGGUCUUCUGCUACUCCGUCACUGUGUGGAAACUGUGCCAGACCAAGGGCUUCCAGAAGCAGAAAGCCAUGAAGGUCAUCAUCGCGGUGGUGCUGGCCUUCCUGGCGUGCUGGCUGCCCCACAACGUCACGGUCUUCGUGGACACACUGAUGAGGAGCAGUCUCAUUGACCAGACCUGCGCCAGACGCGACCACUUGGACAAGGCAAUAACCGCCACGCUAACCCUGGGCUACACGCACAGCUGCAUCAACCCAAUCCUCUACGCCUUCAUCGGGGUGAAGUUCAGGAGGAACCUGGUCAAACUCUUGGCUAAUAAAGGGCUCGUCAGCCAGAGUGUCCAAGCCCAUUACAAGCGAUCCGUGUCGACAUCCUCUGAAUCUGGACUCAUUGUGGCCACGAUAUAGAUUCGUCAUGACAGCAAAAACUCAACCACUCGUCAAAACCUGAUUGGUCUUUUGUCUGUUGCAUUGGAUCAAGUGCGAGGAGAUGUUUCUUCUCCGCUGAUUUGUGGUCGGUCAUACCACUUGUGUUUUCUUUGGCUUCUCUGCUCCCAUUAAUCCAUCUCUCUCUGUCUCUCUUGCAUU